UUCCAAGCAGCGAUGGCAUCAAAGGGCUCGGGCACCAUGAACCCGGCCUCGCCUAGAAAGCGUUCGUCCAAAGUCAGCCUUCGCGCCUGCUGGGAGUGCAAGAAACGGAAAAUACAUGGAAAUCCACCCGAAUCCGACUCUGCUAGCGCUGGUUUGGAUCAGGGCAACACCGACCAUGUUGACAAUGUUUGCCAGCUUCACAUAGGGGAGCGAUUGGGUAAGCUGGAACAGCUGUUCGAGAAGUUUGUUUGUCGGAAGCCUGUGAGCUACGACGUACUUUCGGACGAUACUCGAAGUUCGAAUUCAACAUUGGUCAACGAGAAGAAGACCCACCUUGGUUAUCUCCCCCAAAUAGCUACCGAUGCGCAGAGUAUAUCUUCCAUUGGCGAUGGCAUUCUCCUGCAUCAUGCAUGGACAUCGUCGCCGUCAAUCGGAACAUCGAAUCCUGAUGCAGGAACCGAAAGGCCGUGUGAUGCAGUACAAAGGGCCCUGGCCCAACUACUUCCCUCCCAACAUGACGCCAAUGUCAUUUUCGAGUCGACCAACGGCUGGAUGUCUCUAGGUCUGUACAGGCCCUGCAAAGAUUUGUAUGUCCGCAGCGAUCCAGAGACGUAUGCUCUGGACAUGUCCGCUAUCGCAAACGAACGCAGCAUCAUCGUGGCUCGCACUCUCAUGCACCUGGCUUGCUGUAUAAGCUCGCUUCCUCCCGAAUUUGACUCCUCACGUCUAGAGCAGGUCUGGAAUCUGGAGGCGACCAUGGAAAAUUACGUCAAAACAGUCGCAUCGCUCAUCGCUUGCUCAGACGAGAUCCUGUCAACACUGCCUGGCCUGGAAACUCUUCUGCUGUAUGCCCACUACCACAUGAAUACCGCUAAUCUUAGACAAGCAUGGCUUGUCAUACGACGGGCUAUGAGCCUGGCCCAUGUCAUGGGAUUCCAUCGAAUCGUCGAGCAGACGUCGACAACACCGCCGAUCGAAGCCGUCGAGCCUGCAACACGCAUGUGGAGAAACCUGAUCGAUAUAGAGCGAUACUUGGGCCUUCUUCUGCGCCUCCCCUUUGCCGCCGACGACUACCCAAUUGAUCAGAAUGCCGGCCCGCACCUCAUCUACACAGCUCGCCUUACGCAAAUAUCUCGACAGGUCUCUGAGCUUGACUGCGCCGUAACGCCGCAGACGUAUGUAAAAGCGCUAGCUUUGGACGAACAACUGGAGUCAUUGAUGAGGGAGCAGCCAAAAGAGUUUUGGGCGGUACCCAACGUCCCAUCGACUGCGCGGACAUCGGAAUCGUACGAAGUAAUCACAACGUUGAUAAAGCAGAUGUGGCAUUUCAUGAACAAGAUAUUCAUACACCUGCCUUUCCUUCUGCGCUCGACGAAAGACAACCGAUACGAAUACUCCAAGGUGGCAGCAUUGCAAGCGAGUCGGAACAUCAUGAUGCGGUGGUUUGCAUUGCGAAACGCAGGCAUCACGCAAGCAUGCGGACGUGCUGGUGAACUGGCUGUCUUCAUAGCCGCCGUCACGCUGACCUUGGACAUUCUCAUCGAAAUGGCCAUCAAGGAUACCAAGGAGGUGCAGAAGACCAAAUGCAGCGACUUUGCCAUGCUCUGCCGGGUCAUAACAGAGCUCGAAAAACUCGGCAAAUCCAGUUCACGGGAGAAGAUUGCUGCUCGCAGCGCCGUCGUGCUCAAAAACAUACUCUCCACACUGGAUCCCAGCAAACGAGCGGCCGGCCAAGUGAAGGUCACCAUUCCCUAUUUCGGGACCAUCCAGAUGAAGUACAAGGAGUUACCUACCCGGCCAGCGUUCAAUCUAGACUCGGACACGGCGAAGAAAUUGAACAGUACAGCCACUGGACAUCAUUUGCCAGUGUUUUCUUUUGUCAGCAACGCACUGUGGCCGUCAUCUAGCGAGCAUGGCGAUUACGAUUUGGAUUUUGAUAUUAUACUUUACAAUGGGCUCCAGGAUAUGGACGUCGAUGGAAAUUGGGUUUUCUAAGAUACCGCUUGCUUUCUCAUCCUCCCAUUUGGAUUAUAUUUUUUUUGUUCUCUCUCGAGUUCUUCAGCGACGAACUGUUUGCUAUAGCGAUAGUUUCUUCCACGUUUCUUUUGUUUGUUG